CAUUAUACUAGUUAAAUCUUCUAUCUAUCCUAAUCAUUGAUUCGGAAGAAGCUGACGACAUGGCUAAGGAAACCUCAUUUUGUCAUGUCUUCUUGAGCUUCAGAGGGGAAACUCGCAACAAGUUUACAUGCUUCUUGUACGAGGCUUUGAGGGCUCAAGGAUUUGUAGUUUUCAUGGACAAAACGGAUAUUUGUGUCGGAGAUGAAGUGGAUUUAAGGAUCAAAGAGGGGAUCAGAAACUCUAUGAGCGCCAUAAUUAUAUUUUCCCAAAAUUAUGCUUAUUCUACGUGGUGUCUGGAUGAACUCGUCCUCAUUUUAGAACACAGAAAGAACUCCAAGUAUUUUAUCAUACCGAUUUUGUAUGAGGUUGAAAUCAGAGAUAUUAAAUACCAGCUUGGGAAUUACGGCCUUGCGCUUAAAAAGCAUAGGGCAAGACACAACGACAAGGUGGAGAAGUGGAGAGAAGCUCUGGUUGAAGUUGGUAAAAUUCUUGGAGAUCAUGUGGAGGGUCUACAGAGCACUUUCAUCCAGAACACUGUGGAGCUGUUUCGGGAAAAAUUAGCAGUCAAGUUCCCAGAAUGUUGCCUCCCUACGCCAAAGCUUAUGGCUCCUUUUGGUAGUGUGGUUGUCUGGUUGAUAAUUCCUGCCGAGAAAUGUGUUGUCCAGAAAAGUGCUCCCCUGAAAGGUGCUCUCCUGAAAAGUGUAGUCCGCAAAAGUGCCCUCCUGAUCAGUGCUGCCCGGAAAAGUGCCCUCCGGACCAGUGUUGCCCGGAAAAGUGCCCUCCUUGGCCACAAAAAUGCUCUCCCGAACCGAAAAACGCUUUCAUGAAAAUAAUUGUCAUUAAAAGUGUUCAAAAGAAAAAACAUUUGCUAAAAUCAAUAACUAAGCUGUUGAAAUAGA